AUGACUUGUCUUGGGAUGAGUUGUCUUAGGGAUGACUUGUCUUGGGAUGAGUUGUCUUGGGAUGAGUUGUCUAGAAACCGAUUGGGCAGCCUCGACAGAAUGAUGAAAAACUGCACUGGUUCGAAUAUGAUGUAUAGAUGUCACUGGAAUCACGUUCUUUCAAUUGCUUUGAUUGGUUGGGAACUUCUUUUGUCCAACGCCAGGAAAUUAGCGCCGAAGGGUUGUGAAGAUGAUUAAAUAGACACCAUCUAUCCAUAUAAGAAUUCCCAGCAGAACCUGAUUAAUAUAUGGUCUUCACACCAAACAGAUUCUCCAGAGAUGCUAGACCCCCUGGGCUAGACCCCAAGGCUAUGCCUUCUAAAGAGAAGGACAAGCAGGGUCAGAAAUCCACUGACCCAGAUCUAGAAGCCAAGGAACUAUGUCGCCUCCUAAAUCUGCUCAAUACUCCAGCCAGCAAACAACAGUUGCCGUCACUUGACUUUGACCUUGAAGGUUCUGGGGUGAAGAAGUCUCUACAAUGGCCAGCUCCUCAACCCAAGGGUGGGGCCCACCAGCAUCAGUCUACAGAGGCACUUGCCCUAGAACAGUUCAGCUUAAAGUACCAGAGCCUGCGGGACUUCAAAUGCCAUUCCCAAGAUAAAUAUUUCUCUGAAAUAUUCUCUGCUCUCGUCAAACAAAGACUUUGUAACACAGAAUGGAAUUUCCGGGCCCCGCCAGAGAAUAUCCUACGAGUGUUAGUGUGUCUCAGGAUCAUGAUGAGGGACAACGCUUACCAGAAGGACUUCUUUGACCACGGGGGCUUGAAAGUUCUUACAGAGCACUUUCAUAAGGCAACUGAUAGCUAUCUCACAUAUGGGGAUGGGCCAUAUGUUGUUGAUAUCCUCAAAGAAAUGACGAAUAUAUUCCAGAAGCUCUCUGCAGUUGUUCCCCAGAGGGAGCUACUAGUGGCAUGUGGCGCUCAUAAGCCACUGGUGCUCUUGUUAUCAUCCAGUGAUGUCAUCGUUCUCCACUGCAGUCUUUACGCACUGAUAAGCCUUGCGCAGAGUGACAAGCCCCGAUCUCUGAUUGGAGAACUCAAUUCAGUGGAAAUGCUGCUUCGAAUUCUGCAGGACUAUGAUAUUCUUUCUAAAAAACUGGCUGCCAACUUGUUGCGAACACUCUGUGCAGAUGAUCAAGUGAAAGAGAUGGUGAAAGUCUAUGAUGGUGUCCCUAUACUGCUUAGCCUCCUACACAGUGACAAUGUAAAGCUGCUAUGGAAUGUAGUCUGGUGUAUUGUCCAACUAGCUGAGGAUCAGGACACUAGUAAUGAUAUUAGACAGAUGGGAGGGAUUCCUAUUAUCUUGUCACUUUUACAUGAUCGAAAGUUUGUGACGGACAGGUCCUCAACAGUGACCACAGGCCCCGCCAGUGCCACAGUCAAUGGCCGCACACCUGCUGUCACCAUGACGAUAGAGGAGGAUAUUUGGAGCAUGGUUAAAGAUUGUCAAAAGAAGGGUGAUGAACUGCGGGAACAUCAACUAUCUUUAAAAUCUGCGUGUUGUGCAUCUCUCACUGAGCUGGUUCUCAAUGAUACAAAUGCCCAGAUGAUUGUACAGAGCAAUGGCGUCUUCUCCCUAGCGAUACUCAUUCUCCCUGCCCAGAGCUACAACUCAGAGAAAGACAGGAAGUCUGUUGAGAUGCUACAGGCAAAUGCGUUCAGAGCUCUUAGGUUUCUCUUCAGUAUGGAGCGUAAUAGGAGGCUUUUCAAACGCCUUUUUCCACCCUCCUUGUUUGAGAUGUUUAUAGACAUCGGCCACUACAUAAGAGAUUUGUCAAAGUACAAACGACUUGUCGACAAAUUGAACAGUCUUGGGGAGGAUGCGAUAGAAGAGAUAAAAGAACGUAUUGUUGCAACCAAUCAGAACAAAGAACCGAACAAAUAUAUCGGGGAUUACGCAAUUAUGGAGCUGUUAGGGACAGGGGCAUUUGGAUCAGUUUACAAAGUCAAGAAGAAGAAUGCAGGACAGACGUACAUGGCUUUGAAAGAGAUAUUUGCGACGAAUCCUACAUUUGGUAAAACUACGAGGGAGAAGGAGAAGAGUAUCGGGGAGAUCAUUAGUGAGCUUACUAUUAUCAAGGAGCAAUUGAAACAUCCAAAUGUUGUCAGAUAUUACAAGACCUUCCCACAAGAUGACAAGUUGUACAUCCUCAUGGAGUUGAUAGAGGGCGCCCCUAUAGGCGAGCAUUUUAGCAGUCUCAAGGAAAAAGGAGAGAAAUUCUCUGAACCAAGAAUUUGGAAUAUAUUUAUUCAGAUGGUGCUGGCACUACGCUAUUUACAUAAAGAAAAACACAUAGUUCAUAGAGAUCUCACUCCAAACAAUAUAAUGUUGGGAGAAAAUGACAAAGUCACAAUUACUGACUUUGGAUUGGCCAAACAGAAGCAGAAAGAUAGCAGUAAGAUGACAUCAGUGGUUGGAACGAUACUGUACUCUUGUCCAGAGGUUGUACAAAGCCAGCCAUAUGGUGAGAAGGCAGAUGUUUGGGCGAUUGGGUGCAUCCUGUACCAGAUGUGCACCCUGAAACCACCUUUCUACUCAUCAAAUAUGCUGUCUCUUGCUACCAAGAUUGUAGACGCAGAGUAUGAACCUAUCCCAGAGGGGGAAUAUUCGGAAAGGGUCAUCCAGACUGUAAAAAGCUGUAUUACUGCUGAUCCACAGCUGCGCCCAGAUAUCGUGCAGGUGGCCUCUCAGAUUGCAGAUGUGAUGAUGUCACAGAUGGACACACUGAGGGCACAUCAGUUGGCAAUGGAGAAAAAGUUAGAACGAGAGAGAAAGAGAACACAAAGGCAUUUCAACGAGGCCAACAAAGUUAUGCAGAACUACCAUAGGUUGUUUCUUGCGUCCCAGGAGCGCUAUGACAAACUCAUCAACCUCCAGAGCAGCGGGGGUGCUUCAAGUAUCAAAGACGGUGAUCUCAGUGAUAACGUCUUUUCAGAUUCUGAGUCAAAUCUUGUUGAAAUGCGCCGAAGGAUGCCACGAUUAGAUGAGCUUAAAGAUGAUCAAAACAACAAUGAUAAAGGUUGGAUGAGUGAUGAUGAGGCAGGUUAUUCCACUAGUGGCAGUGACAGCAGAGAAAGUAGUGCCGGCAGUACACACAAUAUUUUAGGAAUGAACCUUAGCAGCAGUAUUCCCAGGCCUCCAGGUCCAGGCACCCCAAGGUCAGGAAAAAGCAGACGGAGACUAGAUAUGAUGUCACAAUUGUCUCAGCAGCUCACCCUUGACAUUCCCAAUACAAAUUCGGCCAAGUCCAGUAGAGACUCUGGGUUCAGCUCUGGGGACCCCUCCCCCAAUACCCUCCCCUCCCCUGGGGUGCUGCCUACAGGAAGUGGAGCCCUUGGAUUAGGGACGUUGGAUAAGUCAUCAGAUGGCAAAUCAGGAACAUUCCAUAAAUCGUCAAGCAUGAGCAGUGUGGAGAAACGAGGGUCAAAUAGUGGAAAGUUACGCCCAGUGAGUGCCACUAACAACCAUGCAACUCUCACAAUCUCCCCAAGAAAGGUCCGGCAAAUUAGCGACCCUAUCCUCCAAAUGCUAAACAUCCUUCAUAAGGUCAUCUACAUUACGCAGCUUCCGCCAACAUUAUGUCACAAUCCACGAAGACGUGUCAUCGAGAGAUUUAAACGUGCCCUUUUUGCCCCACAGAGUACCUCAUUCAACUUGAAAAAUGAAUUAAAAAAACUGCUGAUAGGUUCGAGGGAGUUGAUAGAUCUGAACUUUGGUCCUAGCGAGGCCCCCAUUUUGUCCCGCCAGGCCAGCAUAGAACAAGAAGCAAUCAGUAUUAAGGCAGAGAAACCAACAGUCAAGAGCAAGUAUGACCACGCCCAUGCCGACAGUAACCUAACAUAUGAAACCAUGCAGAAUAUUAUAGAAAGUGUCCUAGUUGAAAGUGGCUAUUAUGAUAUGUCACCUGCCGCCAGGAAUAAGUCUCUACCCCUGGCCCCUAUCCCCAUGGAACGCAACCCUCCUAUAGAGCCCAUAUUCAUGAGGACUAUAUCCUCUGGUUCAUCCAGCUGAUAGUGCAGUAUUAUUACAUGGAGUUAUUAUCCACAUUUGCUGGGAUAUGCUGAGCAUUGUUAAAACAGCCUCUCAAGAGGGGUUGGAUAUACAUGGUAUCCAAAGGUGCAUACACACUAAGUGUUUAUCCCCUGCUGUCAAAGUUCAAUAUAAACCAUGUUUUCAAAUAUGUGUUUAUAUUCAAUAUUAAUGGGAUAAAGAUCAUAUCCAGCAAUAGAUAACCUGAUAUCCCAUGGAUAAAGAGAGCUAGCUGGGACUAGGAUUUAUGGAAAUAGUCUGAAAUAUAAAAUAAGAAACUAAAUAAAACUAUCUGAACUAGCUGGAUCUAGGAUUGGAAUGGAUUAUUUGAGAGGAAGCAGAGUUUAUCUCAUAUCCACUUCGAUAUUGAUUUAAGGGUUUAUUUCAUAUCCACCUAAUUAUUAUAAUAUUUUAUGUUAAGGUUUACAGAGUUUAUCUCAUAUCCACCU